UGUCAUUUUGUGACGAUUGAAUUUUGAAAUGAAUUGAAUAGGUUUAUUUUAGGUUUAUGAAAUAAAAUAAUUUAUCAAAAUAAAAAUAGAAAGAUAUGAAUGAGUGGUUAAUAGAAUAUACCUACGGAACUUUACAAAUAAAUAUUGUAUAGAAAGUAGGUGCUUGGCCUAAAACUGACAUUAAAAAUCAAUUAUUUGUAACUACAAUUUCUUUGCAAAUGGAAGGUCGGGACAAAUCUUUAGAAGAAAAUUUAUAUCAAGCAACUCUUCGCGGAGAUCACGAAGCUGUGUCCUGUUUAAUUUCAAAAGGUGCAAAUCCCAACAAAACUGCAGGUCUUGGUAAAACUUGUCUUGGAGAAGCAGCAAAUAUUGGUAACAUAAGCAUCUUGAAACUUCUAAUUGAUGCAACCAAAACGGGUGCAUCAACUGCUAAACCCAGUGGAAGUUAUCGUAAAAGGCACACUAAGUCACACAAGAGAAAGCUAAGAAAUUACGAAAAUAAUGAUGAGACUAUUGUUAAAUGUAAGAAUCUAAAUGAAAGAACAUUCAAAGACUUUUACGUUAACCAGUGUAGUGUUGAAGUUACUGAAGAAAAUGUAUCGUCAGAAAAGAACCAGGGUUAUUUUGUUUUCAUCCACAGUGAAGGAUCUAGUAGUGAUGAAAGUAAGAUAUCUUCUUUAAAAUCACCUUUAAGUCCCUCUACAAUGUCUCCAUCUCCACAUGCAGAGUUGGAGUGGGAUGAGGAAAUAGGGGAUGUAGCGCCAACUACUAUUGAAGAUGAAACAUGGUCCUCAAUGUACAGGUGGUAUGCUGCUAUACUGGAAUGCACAGGAGCUGCAAUAGCUGCAGCAUCAGUAGUAACAAAUGGAAUUGAUCAGCAAGAUGCUUUCAUGAGAACAGCGUUGCAUUAUGCUUCAGAUAAGGGUCACGAAGGAGCUGUACAGCUACUGUUAGAUUCAGGAUGCAAGGUGGAUGUCACAGCAGGCGAUGGGUUAACUCCUUUACAUGUAGCUGUAAUAAGAAAUCACAUAGGAAUUGUUAAAAUAUUGCUUGCAGCUGGAAGUCAUGUUAAUUACAAAACACAUGAAAAAAUGACCUCCCUUCAUUUUGCUGCAUCACGGGGAUAUUUAGAAUUGGUGAAAAUUCUAGUUAAUAAUGGGGCACAUCUUGAAGCAAGGGACACAAAUGAACGCACUGCUUUAUAUUUAGCAGCUGGACGAGGUCACACAGAGGUUGUUAAAUAUCUAAUUACUUCAGGAGCUAAUGUCAAUGGAGAAGAAAUACAUGGGUAUACUCCAUUAUGUGAAGCAGUUUGGCAGAGAUAUGCAGAAGUGGUUGACGUAAUGCUCUCCUCUGGAGCACGGAUUACACAUUCUCAUAAACUUUUACACAAUGCAAUUAUACAAAGACAGGAAGGAAUUGUGAAAAUGCUUGCAAAUGUUGGUGGUGGUAUAAAUUUGCAUAAUGACAACGGGGACACGCCCCUUUUGCUUGCGGCGCGCUUGUCGCAACCUAAGGUUGCACGAAUUUUACUCGAAAAAGGUGCCAAUGUCAAUGCGUGUAACAGUAUAACAGGAGCCAGUGCAUUGCAUUUAGCUGUGGAAAGUAUAGACUGUCCUAAGGAAUUUGAAGAAUUACUUGUCUGUUUAUUAGAAUAUAAAAUAGACACAAAUGCUACUGCUUUAACAGGAGACACAGCUUUGAAUAGAGCCUUGUUGUUGCACAAAGAUCACGCGGCUGUUCUUCUAAUUAGACAUGGCGCCGAUGUGAAUGCGUGCGACCUUCAUUCAUGUGGUCUUGACAAUUUGUCAAUAGCGAGUAGGCGGCAAACGUCCGACCUUGCUAGCAUGCUAAUCAAGGCUGGGCACUGCACAACUAUACCAGAUUAUGCAGCCAUAAUACCCAAACCUGGGACGACAACUAACUGGCUGUAUCAUGUUUCCAAAAACCCCCUAGAAUUGGCUGAUCUCUGUAGAAUAAAAAUUAGAAGUGUUUGCAGAAACAAAACGAUGCACUCAUAUAUAGCACUUCUACCUUUACCAAAGAGCUUAAAAAUGUUCCUUAUGAUGGAUGGUGAAGGAAUUUAUUAGUAUUUAUGAAGUCAUUUACUAUAUCGUAUUUACGCUAUGUGUACAUAUGUUAUGUAUAAAAUAAAACAACUCUUAUCGUUAAAAUAUUUAUUUUUUUAUUAAAUAAAAACACUUACGAAUGUGUUCCAAGUGAAAGAUAUAAAAUAUGAUCUUGGUUACGACACCAAUACUAGUGAUACAUCAAAAAACUCUUGUGAAUAACUCCACAGUAGAUAAAAAUUACACAGUACAUUUUAAUUUCUAAGAAUAGAUUAACUUGAGCUAAAACUUUGCUCUUUACAUCAAUACUUAAUACGAGUACGUCUUAGAGAGUAGGUACAUCAAGUUAGUAAGAUUUGACAUUUACUGAAAAUAUGCUAUUAAAUUUGAUUUUUUUCAGGUAAAACAUGUAACAUUCACUAUUA